AUGGAGACGAAUUGGGACAAUUCUGCCUCAAUCAGUUCAGCGCAGGCGUGGUGGCUUCUGAUGGUGAGCACAGGAGCCUACCGAAGGCACAAUCUUGCGGGCAGCUGGAGCAAACAGAAGUACGAAGUCAGAUUCAGGUUGGAAAUCCGACAAAGCAGCUAUCCCAUUGUAAGAGCCGAAAAUGCAGAAGAAUUUGCCAUUUCCGAUAAGUUGCACUGCUUCGAAGAUGAGGUCUGUUCCGAAGAAAGUGAUGUCGGUGCUGCUCAGGACUGUGGCGUAUGGGCGAGCUGCGAACACGCUCCGAAUGCUGCGAGCCUCCGAGCCUCCGAGCCUCCGACGCGACAGCAAGCCACUCAAGCGGCCCGCCAGCGGCGCCCCGGCCAAGCACGACAUCGACUGCCGAUGGUCAGAGUCGGCCGUGUUCGGAAGCUGCUAUCGUUCGACGACUACAAGCCAUGGCUUCUUCAAAGCGCACCUGUCUCCUCGAGGGAAAUGUUAUCGUGGAACUGGGCUCUCAUGUUCUUGUCACAUAACCGGAACGAUUUGUACUGGAAUCUUAUACCGAAUAACGCCACAGUCACAGUAGGAGUAGAGUUUGAUUCCAGAAAUCGCUAUAGUGUCAGCAUAUGCACAAAUUAUAGCGGGAACCUGAAGCACAAUGUAGAAGGACAUUUGGGUCGUUAUGUGGCCUCCCCUUCGAGAAGCAGAGACGAUCGGCCGAAGUCUAAUGCCGGCUCGCUUCUCCUUGGAUACUUCUCUACCUGGCCACUUAUUAUCCACCUUUGGGCUGCAAUACUCAUGUCACUAGCCAUCGGUGCAGCCAACUCCAACUUUACCAUCCACGGGAGCCCGGAUACUACCAAGUUACGCAACCUAGCUCGUUGA